AUGGCGGCGUCCGUGCGCGCAUGGCUGGUGGUGGCGACGCUGGCGUGUGCCCUAACGCUGCUGCUGCGCUCGGCGGAUGCGCAGGCAGCCGGCCCUACGACGGCGUCGCCGGCACAGAAGCCCGUGUGCGUUCCGGGCGCCAAGACGCCGUGCCGCGUGGGCGCGCUGCCGCGCGACCCGGAGAACCAGGAGGAGGAGGGCAUGUUCAACGUCAAGGCGAGGGCCCCGAGCGGCGCGGGUGACACCGACAGCGACGACGACUACACCGACCCCGACCAGCCCAAGGACCCCGACCAGCCCGACGACGACGACCUCGUCGUUCUCGGCCACUGA